UUUUCGAUGUAAGACGAGCGCAACUACACCGAUCCGACAAAUACAUACAGAUUAAUGUUAUGACUGUUGGCUGCCGCUGGUAUUCUUGUGUGCUUAAUAAUCCCACGAAAGUACGCAUCCAAGCAUCGAGCACCUGCAAAUGCAACAGUGUUUGAAACACGACCGGAAUGAUGAAGACUGUCAGGUAGCCUUAUCUGAGAGAGAUUCGUUUCCGUUACGUAACGUAUAUUAAAAAUAUUACAACUUGCGACUGCUUGUGGCUGCUGGUGCAAAGGAGGUAUUAACGGUGGUGAAAUGAUUACCAGUGCUUGGAAUUGGCAGAACAAUGAUUAGCUACAAAGAAAGAUAGUAUAGCUGCAUUGAAGAACGCCGAAUACUUGCCUGAGCUGUGUGAACGGUGUUGUUCGAGCUGGCUUCCGCAGACGAGAAGUUGUUGAUUUCAACUCGGAGGAGGGGCCGUCCGCCUUAUAAAGGGCGCAGAGCCCAAACCUCAGCCGGUGUGCCACCAGAAUUCAUAUUAUUGGCAGCGGAUUGAUUGCAGGCUACUAACAUGGGCUUUGGCCGUCAACUCACGGCCCUGUUUUAUAAGGAUGUUGUGAUACAGAAGCUGAAGCGACACUACAUCAUUUCCCUUUUGGAGCUCGUCAUGCCCGUAAUAUAUGUUUUGCUAGUGGCAUACAUACGGAGCCAGUUCCCAAACUCAACAGGAAAGUGGCACGAUCCACAGAAGUAUGACCCUAUGGGUCCAUUUACGAAGGCGGAUAUUAGCUUUCCACAGAGAUCUAAACCUUCAACAAUAGCCUACGCACCCGACAAGCAAUAUGGAAACGACAUCAUGAAUAGCGUCUUCGGAAACCCCAACAAGUAUAACCUAAAACCUUUCGCUAACAUCUCCAAGCUUGACCAGUAUUUGGUAAACGCUACGAAUGUCGAUCUCGCCGUUGUGUUCCCUGAUCAGCCGGAUCUGAACAGACUCGAAUACCUGCUGCAGUUCUCCGAUUUGUAUAAUAUGGGUGUGGGCCUUAAGUACAGUCACUCAACUGCGCCAAGAACGCCAUCUUUCUAUAUGGACCCGUCCGCCUAUGAACGCACACUACUUUGGCCCACUUUGUACGCCUUUUUCAAAGCACAUCUAGAUCAUUACCUAAUAAAACUGCCAUCCGAGGACGAGCCCUUGAUGCAACCGUUCCCAUCGCAAAAAUACUUUUCGUCGGACCAGUUGACACCAGACGGCAAAGACGUUUCAUUCUUCGUUCUGUUCGGUUUGCUUGGAGGAGCAAUGGCCUCAACAACUUAUGUGCUAUUUUUGUUUGGGUUCGCGAGAAACAACAUCGCUGAAAGAGAAAGUCGUCUAAGGGAAAUGAUACGCAUGAUGGGUAUGACGGACGUUGUCUACUGGGUCAACUGUCUUCUCGUCGGACUGUCUACGGGUAUUCCCAUUUGCGUCAUUCUGACCCUGGGUUUAUGCACCGGCGAGCACGCGGCAAUAGUGUUCACAGAUUGGAGCCUGGUUUUCACCAUGCUCUUUGUGUUCACUGUGGGAGCCAUUCUCAUCGUGCUAGUGGUGUGCACGCUCAUCAACUCGCCGAAUGCAGGCUCUUUGAUUACGAUUCUGCUCGUGAUCGGAACUUGUAUAUUAUACUGGGCCGUCCUUGACCGUCCGAUGGAAUCCUCGGUCUCAGACUACGCUGCUAAGCCCGCCGCCGUCAAGAUUUUUACUUCUCUGAUACCAUUUUUUGGAAUUCAAUGGCUUUUAAAGCUAAUAAUUUACACCGAAGAAAUUGGUAAAGGACUUCACUGGUCGACAAUAGGUCAAACAGUUAUUCCAGGUGACAACGUUUCACCUUUAACUAUCCUUCUUACAAUGAUUUUUUCGUGGGGACUCUACCUACUUUUAACGUGGUAUCUAGAUGCGGUCAUUCCGUGGCAAUAUGGUGUGCCAAAGGAGCCUUUUUUCUUUCUCCACAAGUCUUACUGGUUUUGUGGUAAGGAACAAUCAGUGAGGAGCCCCGUAAACCAAGACGAUGUGGAAGAUUUUGAAACGGUGGAGCCCGUGUGCAAUGCCGGGGAGCCGGUAAUACGUUUGCGUCACGUUUCGCAUAAUUUUGGACCAGUUCGCGCUGUCGACGAUCUCUCAUUGGAUCUUUAUGCUAACCAGAUCACAAUGCUUCUGGGUCACAACGGGGCUGGCAAAACUACUGCGAUGAACAUUCUUACAGGGUUAUUCCCUCCAACAGAAGGCGAAGUGCAUAUCAAUGGAUACAACGUGAGGAAAGAUACUCGUCGGGCAAGAUCAGGAAUUGGCCUUUGUCUCCAACAUAACGUCCUCUUUGACGAGCUUACAGUUAUUGAGCAUUUAAAUUUCUUCGCAUCGCUCAAGGGUGUGCCCAUUAAAGCUAAUUCAAAUGAGAUUUACAGGCUUCUUCACAAACUUGGUCUGUCCGACAAGGUUGAAACCCUAGCCAAGAACCUGUCUGGCGGAAUAAAAAGAAAACUCAGCUUGGCCAAUGCGAUGGUUGGUGGAAGUAAGAUCUUAAUUCUGGAUGAACCAACGACCGGCAUGGAUCCGGAAGCUCGUCGAGGCGUAUGGACUUUGUUACAAGAAGAGCGACAGAAUCGAACCGUACUUAUGACGACUCACUAUAUGGAAGAAGCUGACGUACUUGGGGAUCGUAUCGCUUUUCUGGCCAAUGGAUAUCUGAUGUGCGCGGGAUCGCCAAUGUUCCUCAAGCGAAAAUUCGAAACUGGUUAUAAGCUUACUUUUACCAAAAGUCACCGCAACACCGACGUUCAGCGGGUCCUGACAGAUGUGAAACAAGUGCUGAAGGCUAACGAACGAGUAUUUAUCACCUCUAAUCUUGGCUAUGAAUUCUGCAUUAACAUCGGCUUUCCUGAAAACCAGCUGCUAAUUGAUCUUUUUAAACAUCUAGAGAUGGUCAAAGAUAAUCUUGAGGUUGAAGAUAUCGGUAUCUCGGUGACAACUAUGGAGGACGUGUUCAUGAAAGUUGGCGAACAGGACGUAGGAAUUUUUGAGAAGACUAAAGACAGGGUCACGCACAAAAUGAAUGGAGACCGUGACGCAGCUUAUGCAAUGGCUAGCUUUGAACAUAUCGCCCGUUUCAACCAGGUUCCGCCUGGCUUUGCCCGAACCGUCCGUCAACUGGAAGGGCUACUCACAAAAAGAUUCCACGCGAUACGCCGAGAAUGGAAAAUGCUUUCGUACCUAAUGCUGAUACCGCUUAUAGCAACAUGUGCUUACUGUGUCAUUGCAGACUCUGGUAAGCAGGACGACAAUCAGUCGGUGACCUAUUCCCUACGCGGCAUUUACGGCGAGACUGAGGGCUUUGUCGCGGGAUCACAAGAUAUUCUCGUGGAUGCUUUCAUCGAAAACUUAAAACGUGAUGGAGUAAACUGCCGAAAGCUUCCCGAUGACAAAGUCAAUACUUAUUUACUUAAUAUUGGCCUCAAGCAUCCAGGUGAUUACAAAUCGAAAUGGUCUGCGGGCGGGCAAAACAGCGAAAACCGGACUUUGUGGUUUAAUGGAGAACCCUACCAUAUGGGAGCAGCAGUUCUAACUCGCUGGCAGGAAGCGGUACUGAACAAACUUACGAAAAAAGAUGCCGUCGUGCGAGUGACCAAUCGACCACUGGAAAGGAAGGAUCGCUCUCCUCCGGUCAUGUAUGCUUUUCUAGUGCACUUUAAAUCGACUCUUUUCAUGGCCAUUGUGGUGUCUUACCUAAUCACUUCUGCAAUCAUGUUUCCCGUCCAGGAAAGGGUUACCAAAAGCAAGCUGAUCCAACUGAUGUCUGGGGUCAGCCGCCUUACAUACGUGGCCUCGAAUUUGCUCUUUGAUAUGGGAAUAAUGCUUGUACCCAUCAUGUGCAUGGUAGUUAUUUGUGUUCUUAUAAAUCCCUCAGAAGGCUUUCGCUCCUACCGAGAGACAACAGUGGCCUUGUUUUUCAUCCUUGUCACAUACGGUGUCUCUAUGCUGCCUUUUAUAUACGCCCUUGCCUACCUCUUUAAGGACUCAGCUUCAGCUCUAUCGGCACUCCAGGUCCUUUCUGUCGUUCUUGUUAUUCUCGUGGGGCCCGCCAUCCAGAUUGCGGACCUGAUCUCUGUAUUCAACGACACUAUGUCUACUUACUGGAUUAAGCUGGCAAGCUUCUUUCCUGGCUUUGCAGCUGCGUACGCGUUUGGCAACAUCCAUGUGAAUGGGCAAGAUAAACAAAUCUGCGAUAGAAUUGCAGAUGAAGAUCGGCACGUGUUCUGCCCGACUAUAUUGAAGGAACUUAUAGAACCGUGCUGUCACCCUUGUCCCGGCAGUCCCAGUGGUUUUUGCUUCCAACAUACUUCGCUGUUUACGUUCGACCCGCGUAAUGGAGUGAUGUUCCAGAUUAUGGCAAUGUGGGUAGUUGGGAUCUUCGGCUUUGCUUUUCUCGUCCUCAUGGAAACGUAUUCGCAACAGGCCGUCGUCCUUCUCGAGUUUGUCAAUUAUCAAGGCAUCCGUAACGCUCUGAGCAUUAAAGCGCUUCGACGACGCUUCGGUGGAAGCAACUUUGUGCAUGAUCAAAUCAACGAUAAGAUUGAGCCAGAGGACUCGGAUGUGAUUAACGAACAACAACACGUCGAUCACGCAGUGCGCGAAAAAAAAACAAAUGAUUACGCCCUUUUAGUGCACUCGAUCACCAAGUACUAUGGAACCUUCCGCGCGGUGAAUGAAGUAUCGUUUUCCGUGCGUAACAGGGAGUGUUUCGGUCUUCUCGGUGUGAAUGGUGCCGGCAAAAGUACGAUAUUCGGCAUGCUCACUGGCGAUCUAUUGUUAUCAGGUGGGAACGCCUAUAUCCAGCAAUCGGAUUUACGAACAAGAUUGCGCGAAUUUCAGGGGUAUAUUGGUUAUUGCCCCCAGGACAAUGCUCUUAUCGACUGCAUGACCGGUCGUGAGAUGUUGGACCUGUUCUGCGCGCUUCGAGGUCUGUCUCGCGAACAGACGCCAGCGAUUGUGGAUUACAUGAUCGAGCUGAUGAACCUGACGCCGCAUGCGAACAAAUUGACACGAACAUAUAGUGGUGGCAAUAAACGCAAACUAUCGAUAGCAAUAGCCAUGAUCGGGAAUCCACGUAUGCUGUAUCUUGACGAGCCGACAGCCGGCGUAGACCCAAUAGCGCGCCGCAAGAUUUGGGCAACGUUAGUCGCCGCCCAACGCGAUCUCGGCUCUGCGGUUUUGCUAACGUCGCAUUCAAUGGAGGAGUGCGAAGCACUUUGCCAUCGUAUUGGUAUCAUGGUAGCAGGAACGAUGCGCUGCCUCGGAUCUUCGCAACAUCUGAAAGAAAAAUACAGCCAGGGCUUUACGGUACUUGUAAAACUUGCCUAUGAUUCGAAAGAACUAGAAGACGCUGUCUGCGCGUGCAUGCAUCACCUUUUCUCCGGCCAGUGUCGUCUCAAAACCAAUCAUCAGCGUCUCCUGAAGUUCCAUGUAACUAGCUUAAAUCUUAAGUGGAGUGAAGUGUUCGAGCUGAUUCUGCAGCUGCGCACACGGUCAGAUCUGGCUCUCGAGGACAUCCAGGUUUCAGAUACCACAUUGGAAGAAGUAUUCCUUACGUUUGCAAACGCUAGAAACUCGUCGAGCUCAAAUGACGAGGUGAUCGAAACCCGCGAGGCCGAUCGAAUUCACGUCUGAGCUCCUGAAACUAAAUUAUAAAAUGUAGAAUCUGUUCGGCUGCGUUAUAAUCUAUGCACCCGACACAAUUUCGUUCGGGGCCCCUAGUAAGCAACUCGCUAAUAUCAGCUUAUGAGAUGAGGGCUACUAAAAAUCUCCCUUCAAUAAAAAACCAUGAAAAAUUGUUUGUACACUGAGUAACUUAUGGUGGCUUCGUGUGUGCGUGUUGAAUCUUUGUUGAUGCGAAUCUUGCAUGCUUCGAAGCCAUCGAACUAUAUACACGAUCACCUUAGAUGUACACUUGAAGCUCAUGUUGGUAUAAUCUGUUUGUGCGUGUGAAAUUGAGGAUGAAGCAAAGCUUUUGAACCUUAAUGCAGUCACGUUAACACAGGUGACAGUCCAACACCUGUCCUAUUUAAG